AUCAAUGCUACCAGUGGCUAUCAGUGACGUAACGAUACGCGGCAAAGACAAAACGGAAAUACAAUUCUUUUCGCAUUUUAUGACUUUUUCAAUGGAAAUUAACUACAAAAAGAGUCUUGUAUCUUUUCCAUUAUCUUUUACAUAUGUGUAUUAAAAAUUAAAAUUUUAAGCAAAUCCUGUUUUAUACCAUAAUAGAAUCUUUUUUAGUGAAGAGUAUCGUUAGCUACAAAUUUACACGUAUCUUAAAGUUUGUUGGUAAACACAACAUAUAAAUCAAAUGUAACGUUUUUUGUCCCGAAAUGGUAUAGCAUUUACAUUCCAUCUCUUAGUAAGCAGUCAGCAAUCAUAAAUAAAAGUUGGAAUGAUGGAAAGUUGGGAUUGUGAAUCAAACUCUAGUACAGAGUACUAUGAUGCAAUUGAAUUUCAAGAAGAGCAUAGUCCAAUAAAAAAAUUCGGAAAAAGGCGGAGUAUAUCGUUACCGAACAUAAAUUCACAAGAGGAAGAAACGCUGGAAGUUUCACCUAGAAUCGAUACGAAACCCAUAAGACCAGUUGCCGUUUUAAAGCAAUUAUACACGUAUUCUACAAUUAGUAAGGAAGUAAUUCCUUUGCACGAAGUACCAAGCAGUUCCUUUACAUUAUGAGACGAACGCGUCACAGGCAUAACUAAUUUUCAUUUCUUCUAUCAUGAUACGUCAAACGUUGGCAAUGUAUACUUUGACGCUGGAAAGUGUUAUAGUCAAAUUAAACUGGCGAACGAACGAAUUCGCGAAUGAGAGAGGACAUAAUAAGCUACUUACGUAAAUGGGAACCGUGAAUUUUAACAUGAAGGUGAAUUCCGUUUACGCGCUAGAAUAGCGCACGCGCAUACUAUAUUGCGUAUAGGAAAUACGUAAGUACAUAGAGAGAGAGAGAGAGAGAGAAUGGGGAGGAAAAUCGAGAAGAGUGGCUGGAACGUCGAUGAACGAACCACCCCCGCGUGGUGGUCUCUUUUGGCGCGUGGGUGCUUCCAAGGUCAUCGCAAGAGCGAAACUGCUACGACGCCUUCGUCGCGACGCCCGCGCAUAAAGCGUGGGUGGAGAAUAUAUACGCGUGUACUUAUGUAUAGCUAGCGCUACACGCCGUUUCAAUUCAUCGAACUGGUCCAUUCACGGAAAGUUUCAACUAUUCUAGCCUCGAAAAUUCAUGACACAUCGAACGUUACAGCAGCCUUGGCCGAUCGAAACUUCCAAAUUAGCCUCAUAAUAAAUUUUGAGAUACAUCGGACCUCAGUGCGAAGAAAAACUCUAAACUUUCCUUCUGGAAAGUUAGCUACAUCGUGGUUUACUACAGUGCCUGUUGAUGGAAAGUUUGACGCUUCGAGAAAAAUUCCUUUUUUUUUUUUUUUUUAUUAUUUAUUUAUUAGAAUAUUUACAAUCAAUUCUCGUUGAGAAUUUUCAGUAACUUCAUUUGGCGUG